UGCAUCUAGAGCUGCUGGUAGGGAAAGGGAUCCUGGAUUUAUUUCAGCCAAAGCUAUUUUUAGCUAGUUAGAGUUCAUUGUACACCACUUCAUAACACGCGUAUCGUUCACAGGAAAAACAUGGCAGAAACCGAUCCAAAGUCAGUUCAGGACCUUACUAAUGUGGUCCAGACGCUGCUGCAACAGAUGCAGGACAAGUUCCAGACCAUGUCUGACCAGAUCAUCGGGAGAAUCGAUGAGAUGAGCACCCGCAUUGAUGACCUGGAGAAGAACAUUGCCGACCUCAUGACCCAGGCGGGCGUGGAGGAGAUAGAAGGGGUCAAAGAACCACAGAUGAAAGAAGGGCAAGGGUCAUGAAGGUUGCCAAGUAACAAGAUGUCAAGGAUUUUCUCCAGGAGUAGCAUACUUUUCCACUGUAACCAUUAAUUAUUUUGAUUUGGUGUGUUGUAAAGUUAUUUUUUAUAUUGACUAUUGCAAUAAAAGUAACAGUUCUUAUGUA